AGAGCAGAAGCUGGCUGCAUGAUGCUGAGUUCAGGUCUUCCUCCUGUUUUCCUGUUGCUCACAGCGCUGGAGCUGAGCUGGUCCCUGAGUGAUGAAGAAAAGAAGAUAAUCUUGGAUGGGCAUAAUAAAUACCGCUCCCAGGUGUCUCCUCCUGCUAUGGAUAUGCUGAAGAUGAGCUGGGACACGGAGCUGGAGACCUUUGCUCAAGCCUACGCAGAAAAGUGCAUCUGGGACCACAACAAGGAGAGGGGCCGACGGGGAGAAAACCUCUUCGCUAUGGCCCCAACCCUGGACCUAGAAUUUGCCGUGGAAGACUGGAACGCAGAGGAGAAAUACUAUAACUUGACAACUUCCACGUGUGCUUCUGGGCAGAUGUGUGGCCACUACACUCAGGUGGUCUGGGCAAGCACACAUCAGAUCGGCUGUGGGGCAAAGUUCUGUGAGAAGAUCGAUGGAAUCGAAACAGAGGGCAUGUACCUGCUUGUUUGCAACUAUUACCCACCGGGUAAUAUGAAAGGCCGAAAACCAUACAAGGAAGGACCCUCAUGCUCACAGUGUCCUGAGGACAGAGUCUGUGUCAACUCCUUGUGUGAACCCACUGUAGAAGAGACCACUCCAGCCCCUGUGACAACAAAGGCAAGCCCCUCCACCCUAACCACAGCUAUGCCAAAACCCACAACUGCAGCCAAACCAGAACCCACAACACCAGUGCUCACCACAGCCAAGCCACCACCCAAAACCACACUUCCACCCGUAACCACAGCCAAGCCACCACCCACAACCAUGCUCCCAGCUACAGCCGAGCCACCAACCACAACCAUACUCCCAACCACAGCCAAGCCAAAACCCACAGUCGUGCUUCCAACCACAGCCAAACCCAAACCCGCAACACUAGCCCCCAUCACAACAGCCAAGCCAAAACCUGCCACCACAGUCCCAGUGACAACCCCAGCCAAGCUAGAACCCACAACACCAGCAGCCACCACAGCCAUGGCCAAGCCAGAGCCCACCAUGCUAACAACCACCACGCCAAAACCCACCACAACCACCACUACAGCCAAGCCAAAACCCACCUCUACAGUCAAACCAACACCCACCACGCCAAAACCCACCACAACCACCACUACAGCCAAGCCAACAACCACCUCUACAGUCAAACCAACACCCACCAUGCCAAAACCCACCACAACCACCACUACAGCCAAGCCAACAACCACCACUACAGUCAAACCAACACCCACCACGCCAAAACCCACCACAACCACCACUACAGCCAAGCCAACAACCACCACUACAGUCAAACCAACACCCACCACGCCAAAACCCACCACAACCACCACUACAGCCAAGCCAACAACCACCACUACAGUCAAACCAACACCCACCACGCCAAAACCCACCACAACCACCACUACAGCCAAGCCAACAACCACCUCUACAGUCAAACCAACACCCACCACACCAAAACCCACCACAACCACCACUACAGCCAAGCCAACCACCACUACAGUCAAACCAACACCCAGCACCCUAAAACCCACCACAACCACCACUACAGCCAAGCCAACAACCACUACAGUCAAACCAACACCCACCACACCAAAACCUACCACAACCACCACUACAGCCAAGCCAACAACCACCACUACAGUCAAAUCAACACCCACCACCCCAAAACCUACCACAACCACCACUACAGCCAAGCCAACAACCACCACUACAGUCAAAUCAACACCCACCACCCCAAAACCCACCAUAACCACCACUACAGCCAAGCCAACAACCACCACUACAGUCAAACCAACACCCACCACCCCAAAACCCACCACAACCACCACUACAGCCAAGCCAACAACCACCACUACAGCCAAGCCAACACCUGCCACUACAACAUCAGCAAAGCCAAAGCUCACCACUACAACACCAGCACCUACCACAACAGAAAAGACACAACCAAAAACUUCCACGGCCACAAAGCCAGAACCCACUGAAACAGAAAGAUCCAAUCCUACUGAGGCAACUGGGAUAACUCUUUCCUUUGAGCCCACGUUAGACCUGGAUUAUACAGUAUCUCCAGAAGUAGACACUGGGGAGACUCGUAGCCCCCUAACUACAGAGGAUCCAGACUUAUUAGAAAGCAUGGGCACAGCCUUCAGCCCCAAAUCAGUCCCAGAAAUAAAGGAAGGUGUGAAAGAGAAUGAGAAAGAGAAAUCAGCCUUUUCCAGUCCACCUCCAUCCCUCAGCCAAAUUGUUCCAGACAUCAAGCUAGGUUUCAAUAAAGCUGAGCUCAUAACCCCCUCAAAGUCAGUGGUUUUCAGCCCAGAAGAGCCUACCUUCUUGCGCUUAACAUCAUCUUCCAAAGAAAAAAAGGGGCAGAGCCCCACGUUCCAGAACUCCCUCUCAGCAGGUGCCCUGGACACUGAAGAACUGGAGACAAACUCAGACCAGACAAGCAUGGAUCAACCCGCAGCUGGAGCCUCCAGUACCUGCUUGGGGCUUUCGCUCUUCCUCCUACCCAGUGUCAUCCUGGUGGGGCUUCUGCUUUGAGUGGCCCUUCUCAGCUGUCCCUGCACCAGCCACCAAGGCUUUCUUCAGCAUCGGUUGUUCCACAACCCUGGUAGGCUUGGGAGACACCACGGACAAACCACGUUGACACGCUCUCUUCUUACGCUGCCUUACCUGCUCCAGCCCCAGCGAGCCAAGGGCAGCUGGCAGUCCCAUGGGAACUUGGUCCCCUUCCUGAGGAGACCCAAGGGCAGGAAGGUGUCUGCCAUAAUCCUGGUGACCUUGGACCCUUCUCCUUUCUUCCCAGCCAGUCUGGGCUUCUGGUCUGUUUCCAAACUGGAAGUGAUGAGCUAUCCCACCCGCCUGUGUGGCUGGCAGGCCCCGCCGCACCAUGUCCCCAGGGAAAGCAGAAUGACUUGGAAACCCAAGUGGCGAUGAGACAUGGUCGUUGGCUUUGGUGUUUGUCUGUAGAUGAGACGUGAUGGCUGGGUUUGGUGUUUGUCAGGACGAGUUUCCAACAAAAAUGCUCUUUUCCCCUCCCGAUGUGUCCGUUUGUCUCAGUUUUGGAGUAGUUUCAUCUUUUCCCUCCUUGUCCAAAAGGAGUGGCUUUUUUUUUUUUUUUUUUUUCCACCGGAGAGGAUUUCUAUUUCCUUCCUGGUUCUGGUACAGCUAUGGCCAGUACUACCCAGAUGUACUCCUUUCUCCUCCUCACACCUCUGCAACCCACGCCUCCUCCGUCUCUCCUGCUCUCUGCCGCAUGUACCCAUUCCACAGUUAGUCCAUUGCCAUGAUGUUAUUUUACGCGUGUGCCUGCACCCCUGUGCAUGCACAGAAGAAAAACCUUCAGUGCUAAAGAGGAGUGGCUGGCUCCUCCAUACAGCUUUCUUCUGCAUGGCUUCCUCCUUCGCAUAACUUAAGUGUAUUUGAAUUUAGAUACAGAGCCCGGUUGACAUAUAUUUUGCGCAUGGUGGAACCUGGUCCAGGAGAAACAGUGCUCGCACAAUUUGAGCUCAAGAGAGCCAAGUGAGUGAUGUCAGAGGUUACCGGUGGUUCCAGGACUUGUUGCAGGACUGCUUUCAUUGUCUGGGACACUGUUUUAUACCCCCUUGACUCUGCUCCCUUCACCUGAGGAUUCCCAGUAAGGUGUGUUAAAUAUGUGAUGAGCUUUGCAGACUGAUGGAAGGGACAAGGAGACACAGUCCCUCCUCUGGUUGUUGCAUCCCUUGAUUCUUUAAACAGAUGAGGUGGAGAAUGACCUGAAGGUCAAUAUUCAUGUCCUCCCCCAUGAUGCUGUGUCCUGUGCAUCCCCAGAGCAUGCACUGAAUAAAUCCUGUUGUGAAAGUCA